UGGCAGAGAGUAGUUACAGCAUUCUCCAAUCUGCAAAUGGCGUCAAUUGCGUGGCUAAUCAGCCUUACGGUGCUAUGCGUUGCGGCGACGAUCGUCAGUGGUGGAAGGGGUAAAACGCCCGUUGUCCCUGACAUUGCUUCAACGUCUUUCACCGAGAGCGAACACUGUUCCAAGGACCACUAUCGCAUCCGCGUACGCGAUCCCAAUCGGCACAUCUCGACGCGCUUGUUGCGAUACUUCACCUUCGGUGGCAUACUGCAACGGAUUGGCGAGGAAACCAAAAUUCCGCGUGCCGAGCUGGUGCUAGGUGGUGCCAGUCAGUAUCAGGAUCAGUCGAGCCAACUGGGGCCCAAGUACCACGCGGCUCAUGUUAUCCGCGUCGGAAGUAUUGAUAAGCGUUUGAAGAAGAAAAAUGAGGACCUGUUUAAAGCGCUGACGAACUAUAUUGGCCACACUCAGAACGUGAUCAGUCUUGCGAACGUAUGGCACGGGGUGGCUGGUAAAAUCGAUAAGUUUCAAUCGGACAAUUUGGGGGAGCUGGCCGAAAUUAUUUUUACCGGCGAAUUUGAACCAGGAAACCGACCAAAGGUCGUCACACUGAUGGACGGUUUUCGCGAUUUGAUUGUGAAGUAUGUCGAUUCCGACCCCCGUAGCGAGAACGAUCAAAGCGAGUUGAAUGCGGGCAAGAUCGAUGUCUGGUGUGCCGGGGCUGAGAUGCUCUUCAAUGCAGGCAAAGAUGGGUACAACAUGGUUAAGGAUGGAACCUUCAAAAGUCGGUACGCCAAGGCUUAGAGAUUGAGCACGAGAACCGAUCGCAGCUCUCGGAUACGGGAUCAGAGUGCGCAGUGGUUUUGUUGAGAGUCGAUUACUGCAUGAUGCGAAUGCGAUACGAGGGGCCGUAUAAGAAAUCUUAUCAGAAAUUACGCAAUGGAGAACGCGCUAAUCUUAACUAAUCGGUAGCCAGGUUGUUGUAAAGAUCCGGUCUACCGGUCCAUUGAUUACCCAUUUGGUGCUUAAAACGUCGGUUGAGGGCCUGGGGCCAGUUUUUGGCUGUUGGACUGUGCUGCAAGCUUGAUAUUGUUCUUUGAUGGGCGAAUAAAUUGUACAUACUGUGCA